AUGGUAGCCCCGCUGCGCAUCCUGCGGAAGGCGUGGAACGAGAAGUUGCUGCUCGAGAGGACCAUAUUCACGCAGGCGCUCAGGGGUGGUAUAGGCAGCGGCAUCAACAGUAGUAACAUCGGGAGAAGCGGCACUGGGAGUGGCGGCACUGGGAGUGGCGGCACUGGGAGCGGUGGCACCGGGAGCGGGGCCCUCCCGUGGCCCCUCGCCAGGAGGAACAUAAGCACCUCGAGGAGGUGGUUGAACCAGGACCCCUACAGCGUGCUGGGCCUAUCCCGAAACGCCACGACGAAUGAAAUUAAGAAGCAGUUCCGCUUGCUGGCCAAGAAGUAUCACCCAGAUAUAAACCCCUCCCCAGACGCGAAGCAAAAAAUGGCCUCCAUAACAGCAGCAUAUGAGCUUCUGUCUGACCCGAAGAAAAAAGAAUUUUACGACAAAACAGGAAUGACAGAUGAAAUGAAUUACGAUGGACAUGGCUCCUCCGGAUCUGCCUCUAACUUUGAAGGAGCCUUUUCCGGGUUUGGAGAUGCCUCCUUCAUGUUCACCGAUUUUGCAGAAAUGUUUAGCAACAUGGCUGGGGGGAAGACCACGUCCUCCACCAGGGGAGAAGAUAUCCAAACGGAAAUUACCCUCAAGUUUAUGGAGGCCAUAAAAGGGUGCGAAAAAAACAUCCGUUUAAACGUCAAAGUGUCAUGUGGCAGCUGUAACGGCUCGGGAAAAAAACCGGGGACGAACUUAACGAUUUGUAAAGUGUGUAACGGCUCGGGGAUUCAAAGGAUCGAGAGGGGGCCCAUCAUUAUUGGAGUCCCUUGCAGAAACUGCUCAGGAAAUGGGCAAAUUAUUAACAACCCGUGUAAGGAGUGCUCUGGAAGCGGGGUGAAAUUUCAAACCAAAAAUAUUACCCUAGAUAUCCCCCCGGGAAUUAAAAAGGGAAUGCAAAUGAGGAUCCCAAAUCAGGGGCACUCAGGUUAUAGAGGAGGGAAAAACGGGCACCUAUUUGUUACUAUUAACAUCGAACCUCAUAAGAUCUUCAAAUGGGUCGAUGACAAUAUUCAUGUGGAGGUCCCUUUAACCAUGAAGCAGUGCCUUCUCGGAGGGGUCAUCAAGGUCCCCACGCUUAAUGGAGAUAUGGACCUCCUCAUCAGGCCCAAAACGUAUCCCAGCUCGGAGAGAGUUCUUAAAGGAAAAGGCCCUUGUAAGGUAGACUCGCAUACCAAUGGGGACUUGAUAGUAAAAUUUAGUUUGAAGAUCCCAGACAGGUUGACGCCCCGGCAGGUCGAGUUGAUUGAGGAGUUCAAUCGGAUUGAGAUGAACCAGGGCCGGGACGACUCCGCGGAGAGGGCCAGCCAGGGUAGUGGCGGUAACAGCGGUAACAGCGGCGGGGGUGGCGGAAGCGGUGACAACCGGGACAGCCGCGCCGGUGUACGCACCUCCCGUGAAGCCGGAGCCGCCAAGGGCGCGGGGAAUCACAUCCCCGAACCGCCACCCAUUGCGCAGAAAAAAAAGAGCAACGGCAGCAACUGGGAGGGCAAGAGCGACUCCAACGUGCCCAUUCCGCCGCCCCCCCCGAAAUCGACGAGGCAGGGUGGAGAAGCAAACAGGGGAGAAGCCCACCGGGGAGAGGCCCCCGCAGAGGUGAACAAAGACACACGGUUGCACAAUAGCGUUCAUACGGCGCACUCCAGGGAGGACGGCUCCGCAAGGCACUCGAGCAGUACCAAUAUGAGCACGAAAAACGCAGGUAGUUCCUCCUAUAAAAUGGACGACGCAGCGAAUAGGGUAAACUCCCCCGGUGUAGGAGCCCCCCCCGAUAAUACCACCAAGGGGAGUGAACAGCCAGCCGAUUCGUACCACCCAAGUGGGACGGACGCCAGAGGGGGGAAUUCCUCCUCCACCUUUUCCUGCGCCAAGAAAUGGAUAUCAGACAGGUUGAGGCCCAAAAGUUAG